AUGUCCGACGAAUAUCCUAACAAGCGCCGACGCGGACGCGGCAAAGAGCGUGUGCGAGUAACACGUGCUUGUGACGCAUGCAAGCGGAAGAAGCUGCGCUGUUCUGGAACCCUUCCCUGUUCACUGUGCCUUCAGUCAGGGGCAAAUUGUGAAUAUAAUGCAGACUACACGAGGGGCAAAAAGACCGAAAUUCCCCUCCUGGAGCACCACGGAAUUUCUAGCUUACAGUCGCCACUAAUAACUGCUAAGUCGACUACCAACACUGAGUCUGAGAAAUUGGACAGUAAACAGCAGUCGUCAGAGCGAUCAAUCAUCUCCACAAAAGAAAUAUCUCUACCCACAGCUGCUUCUCCAUUGCUUGCUCAUGCUAGAGUUGCAGAUCAGAAUCAUGCACGGUACAGCCUGGGUCAUGAUACCCGACAGCCUAAUCCCCAUCUCGCCGCUCUACAGGGAGAAGAAGGCGACGAAGCAAUCUCGUCGCGUAACUCUCCAGAGCCAAAUCAAACAGACUUAGAGGGGCAUUAUGUUGGACCAUCUUCUGGGGUAUCGUUUUUACUCCGAGUCCAGAAGCGCAUCCACGAGAAUGUGGCCGUUUUCUCGAAUGGGCCCAUAUUCAACUUUGGCGAUGCACCUUUGCCAAAACACGAUUCGCAUUUCUUAGUACUUCCACCAAAAAAUGAAGCUAAGAUGCUUGUGAAUCGGUACUUUGACUUUGCAUUUCCAACCCACCGUUUCCUUCAUCAAGCUACGAUCGAAACAUGGCUCGAUACAUUCUACUCGGAUGUGCAUGGAUCAGAUGAUUCACUUAGCCAGGCAGUCAAGGCUCUGUUGUUGAUGGUCAUGGUUCAAGGAAAGCAAUACCUUUCUAACCAGGGCCCAGCUGUUGGUCAGUCUGUCAAGAGCAAUGUGUACUUCGCCGCAUCUGAAAACCAUUUAUUGAAAGAAACUGGGAAGCGGGUCUUCUGGUGUGCAUACAGCUUGGACAUUUACCUCAGUGCGGCACUGGGUCGCCCAAAGAUCUUUCACGAUGAAGAUAUUGACCAAGAUCUACCAGCAUGCGCAAGUGAUCUCCAGAUUACAACAAGUGCCAUUCUGCCAGCCUUUUCUCCUGGGCAAAGCGUAAUGCUAGCGCCUGUAUUUCACGCAAAACUCGUGAGAAUAAUCAGUGGAGUUUUGAAAGAGCUAUAUGGUCUCAAGAAAAAGAACCUCGAGGCCCAAGCAGUCAUCGCACAAAAGUAUGGUUCGAGCCUCGCAGAAUGGCGAAUUGGCAUUGGCCCGUUUCUCGAAACUUCCAACAUCGAACUUCUUCAGCCAACAUACCAGAGACAGUACAACGUCCUCAAUCUAGCAUUUGCUCAUGCAGAGAUUCUACUCUACAGACCAUUCUUGCUGCGAAACCUAGCAUCACUAGGAAGGCGUUCUGGUCACACACAUUCACAGUUGCAGCAGGAUAUACAAACAAACGUGGAGAAAUGUCUGCAGGCUGCUUCCAAAAUAGCAGGCUUGUUCAAGGAGCUUUGCAGGUCAAAGCGGAUGUAUCGGUCUUUUUGGUUUACGCAUUACUACGUCUUCUGUGCCAUUGUGGUUCUAUACGUCUAUGUGAUUCAGCAUCGUUCCACUCCAGCACAGUAUCUGAGUCAAUACCUGCAGAUGGGUGAAGAGGCACAAAAGGACCUGGCCCAAUGUGGCACUCUGGCGUCAUUUCCACAGCGAUACGUCGUGGUGCUUGAAGAGCUACGCAAGGAGGCAUUGCGAUUGACAAGCUCUUCAUCUACUUUUACUGCCGUUGGUGGAAUUGGGCAUGCAUGUGGAGACCCUGCACAGACUGAUCAUUUCGAGUCUGGCAGCGUGUCUGCCGCACAGGCCACUGACAGCAUGAGGAACUAUGAGCACCUAGCAUCUCCAGAGUGGAUUCCAAAUUUUGUCCAGGACCAUAGCCCAGCAUCAUAUCUUGCGGAUAUGACAGGAUGGAGCGAGUUUGACUCACUCGUUUUGACCGGCUUAGGUGAAUUGGGUCAUUUCUUCCCGGAUGAUACUGGUCAAUACCAGUGA